CUUAAGUAGAGCCACCGUCAUUUCUCUCCCGUGUCUAAAUCAUUCCACGUAAUAUCUGAAAAUUUGCAUCAAAGGUGUCCGAUAAAUCGAGGUAAUUGGGUUAAAUUCCGUUGUAUCGCGUUCGACAGGCCUGUCUUAAUGAACUGCACUACGUUAAAUUGGAUGAGGUGAUGCUCCAUGUGCUCGCGGCAUGGCAAUUAUGCAAUCCUGUUGCUGCUGGCGAUCCGUUCGCAGGGGAAGUUUCGCCUGUGCCAUCUACACCGGGGUUUAUUUCAUCCUGAUCGCCAUGUCGACGGGCACUGUCCUACAGGAGGAGGAGGAGUAUCUGUAUGGGAAUCGCUCAAUGCCCAAGUCACCAAGUUUCCUGGAGCAUGAAUCCGUAUCACCAGUCACAGUGAGAUUCAACAUCACACUGCUAAUAUGCUCAUGCUGUGGAGUUGUCGCCUGUUUACUUCUCCUUUACGGAUUACUGAAGAAUCAUCGAUUCUUGAUGUUACCCUGGAUCUGCUCUGUCAUCACCUGCAGCAUUGUGGAUAUUAGUCAUACACUCUAUUUGUUCUGUUCAGCAUCACUCGGCUUCAGUCCCAUCAGCGCGCUGGUCUACACUCUUGAUUUUUUUCUACUUUGUCUCAAUAUUUAUUCGCUUUUGUGCGUUAUCUCGCAGUACCAAGAAUACACAGCUGGCAGAGGUAGAGCGUCAGACGACUGUGAACACAGGAUACCAGCUAUUCGAUACGCAGUUCAGCCCACUACAACAGCUACUUCGUGUCUGAGUUCUCGUCGUACACCAACAAACAAUGACUCUAAACUCACCACUUCAACCACUCCCGCGCAGAGCCCCACGACAUACAGGACUAUUUUAUCGUCGGAGAAAAGUACGGGGAACAAAAUAGCCCGGAAACAUGUACAGUUUCCCGACACCCCGACAUCCAGUAGUCAAGCACCCAAAUCAGAUAACAGUGGAGAAACUAUCGGCUGGACAUCGGACAAUGAGAGCCCGGCUGCUCCUUCGCUACUCAUGCCACCUAGCAACAAUUUCCAUCAGGCCAAUGGCCAAUCCUAAAAAACUUAUCCAAUAUGUAUCUUUAUUUUCAAUUGAAAAAAAAAUUAAAGGGAUAAGAUAGAGAAAAGUACAAAUACUAAUAUUUACUUCUUGCGAUUGAUAUCGUAAUGGAAUAAUCCAGAAAUACUGACAGAUGGAUUCCACGUGACUUUAUAAGCAAUUGGAACGUGGUUAACCGUUGACACAUUGGCCAAGCCUCACUCGACGUCGAUCCACCUUCAUUACGUGGAAAUAUACGUCUCCAUAAUGUCACGUUUUGGAAUGACACGAGUGGAUGAAUUCACCGAAUGAUUCAUUUUAUUUAUGUUCAUGAGAGGAAUUCAAUUUCACUGAGAAUCGAUACAUUGAUAUCCACGAAGUAAAAAAUCAAAUAAUAUUGUCCCAUUGCAGCUCUUUCCAUCCACACUGUCGACAGGGAAAAACGCCAAACACGCAAUUCUUUAGUCUCCUGGGAAAUUUAUUUGGUCCGUCAUGAAUAAGAACGGAGAAUACCUGAAUAUUGAAAUAUUCAUUAUGUCGACUUCAAUGAACUGUUGGAGGAUAAUUACUGGGACUAAUCUGUCUUCAGUUCUAUAACUCCAUACCGACGUGCAUCAAUGAGAAGCCAGCCUCGCUGCAUCCAUAAUUAAUGAUCGUAAUCAACCGGAAAAUUAGUGUGUAUUGGAUAAUGCAAGUGCUUACAUUACAGUUCCCAUAAUGAUCCAUUUUAUUGCACCCUGCUAAUGAGAUGUAACAGUGUAAAUUUGUGUGAUUUUCAGUGAGAGUGAUUUUUGGAUUCAGUUACACCGUUGGAGAUAAUUGUUGAGAAUAAAUUAUAUGAAUUAUAAA